GCCUAAUAAUCCUGAAAAUCUUACUGAUAUAUAUGACGGAAGAAUCUGGAAGACUUUUCAGGAUCCAAAUGAAGAUUUACUAUUUUUCUGGGAAGAGUUAUUGGAUACAAUCUACACUAUAAUUUGCAAUCUUCCACGUGAUGAACAAUUUAAGCCAUUAAACAUCUUAACAUUAGCAUUAAUACCGAGACCUAACAAACCCAAAUUACACCAACUAAAUCAUUAUUUGGCCCUAUUAAUAGAUCAAUUAGUUGAUUUGUGGAAUG